AUGGCAGUUUCUGCUGCACGGAAACACUGGGAGCCACAACGGGGGAUUUAUUUUAGCCAAACUGGCCAUGGUGAGAUGAUAAUUGCUAAGUUAUGUGAGCAGAAAAACACGAACUUUCUGUGUGACAUCCAAAUUGCAGUUGCAGACCAAACAUUUCACGCACACCGGUGCGUUUUGGCACUUUGGUCAGAGUAUUUUUCGAAACGGCUGAUCAACUCGACAAGUGCUGACAGUCGUCGUACAGAACUUGAUAUCGGAAAAGACAUUUCGAAACGCAUAUCGUCGCAAACAUUUUCUGAGCUCUUAAUUUUCAUGUACAGCGGACGCAUAGAGGUUAGUGUCGAGAGCAGAGCUCGUAUAAAGAAAUCUUCCGAAUUUCUUAAAAUUCAAGCUCUGCAUGAUCACUGUUCUAUAGUUGGCGUGUGUGAUCAAUCUUAUGGUUUGGGGGCACGGCUGUUAUCGACAACGAGACUCCACAGAAAACACGCUGAACUAUGCGACGUAACUCUGCGUAUAGCUGGUAAACGGUACCAUACUCACAGAAGUAUUUUGGCGGCAUGCAGUCCUUACUUCGAAGCAAUGUUCACACACAACAUGGCAGAAAGGAACCAAUCAGUUAUUGACUUACCGUGCCUCACAGAAGACCAAGGACGAUUUUUUCUGACGUAUGUUUACAACGGGGGUAUUACAAUAAGUUCGGAAAACAUUGAUGAUGGUGUAGUCAUAGCAGAUUUCCUAGGUAUGCUGAAACUGAAGCAGUACUGCAGUAAAUUUAUGGAGCAAACUCUUGAACCUUCGAAUUGCAUUGGAUACUUAGGCCUGGCUAAAGACUAUGACUUCCCAAAUUUUCAAUGUUUUGCAUGGGAUUAUUUGAAAAGAUAUUUUUAUGAAGUCAUACACCACGAUGAAAUAAUGUGCAUAUCUGUUAACAACCUGCUCGAUCUUAUCAAUAAUGAUGAGAUUGUUGUUGAACGUAUCUGUGACGGAAAGCCAUUAACAACCGAGCUAUCAGUAUUUAAGCUUGUAGUAAAGUGGACACAAGCUGAUUUAGAUGAGCGACAGAUCAAUUUUCCAAAACUGUUUGCAAGUAUUCGCCUUUCAAUGAUAUCACCAAGUAUCUUAAAAGACACUGUAUUAAAUUGUGAGCUUGUGAAAGAAUUCCCAGAAUGCACUGAAAUGGCGACCAACCAACUGCAGUCUAAUGCUACUGUUGUCAAAGAUACAAAUGCCAGAAGAGGGAAAACAGAGGAAGUGGUAACUAUGCUGUGUGCCACAUCAUUAGACAAAUCAGCUGAUUUGUGUUGUUUUGUCAAACAAAGAUGGGUAAAGAUGCCACAGAUGAUAAAGUCCCUUUCACUCACAGCCAUGGUAGUGCAUAACGGCAUCUUGUAUGCCGCUGGUGGUUUCGCUGAUGAAACGGCUAAAACAACAAAACCAUCAACUUUGUUUUGUGCCUAUAACCCUCUGUUAAACAAAUGGACUCAACUUCCAGAUUUAAUUGAAGCAGGUGGUGGAGGUACACUUUUAGCUGAUGGUAAUAUCUUAGUAUUUCUUGUAGAUGGCAGACAUCAGAAUAGACGUCAAGACUAUUUCUUUAUGUAUCAGGUUCAGGUGUUCAACACUAUGACACAAAAGUGGAGUUUAACAGCUGCACUGAAUGUGCCACUAUUAGGUAGAUUUGCUCUCACAAAUAGUUCUCUAGAUGGGUUCUGCUUGAUCAGUUGGUCUCGGUUAACAUCACAGAUCAUCACACACAGAUAUCAUUUCAACUGUGCGAAGUGGGAAAGCUGGCGGUGCCCAGAUAAGCAGCUCGUGUCCGGUCAUAAAUAUCAUAUUGUCACAUUGAAGGAACAACCAUACCUGUUUUAUUUCACUGAUUUCAACAGUGUUCAUUAUCUCUAUGAUCUGGAUAGACUUCAGUGGUACGAAGCAUGUUAUCUUAACAUUCAAGUUCAUAACAGUGACUCCAUAGCGUCAUUUUUUAUUUGUGACGACAAAAUCUAUUUGUUUGGACGUCACAUUUAUUCAAUGAAUUUAAAAACCAGUAAAUUCCUAAACCAGUCACCAGUGCCUCCAGGUUGCCCAUCAAUAGGACGACUGGGUGGUGAAUAUUGUGUGUUGCAAGUGCCCAAUCAGUUUACACAAGAAGUGAAGAGAAUGGAUAAUUACCCAUAA